AAGCAGACGAAGGCGAGAGUAAUAACACAUGGCUGGGUUUCUAUUUAAAAUGUUAUCUUAUUUAUUCUGAAUGUUAAAAAGGCAGCAGAAAAUCUUUCGAAACAUGACAGUUAUUGUAUAGUGAAUAUUGAUAAGAUUUUUUGUACAAUGUGAGCUUAUGAAGACGAAACAUUUGUGGAUCCGAGAAAAUUGGAAAUUAUUUCUUUGACUUUAGUUUUCAGAGAAAAAGUAAAUACAUAUAGCUGCUCUUUAUUUCUGUUUCGUUUAUUGUAGCAUCUACUGCUUAACUCGGUGUCUCAACUCACAAGACCAGUAAAGGCUUGAAGGAUAUAAGAGAUGACACUUGGAGAUGACAUUAUCCCACACAAAGGGCACUUUACCCUCCCUACAACAUGGACUCCCCAGGACUCCACAGCAAAGCAACGUGUGGUGGUCGUAGCUGUGUUUGGCAAGAGUGGCUUAGACUCGGGAGGAUGCAAAGCCACAGCCCUGGAGCUAAUGGUGGGAAGAAAGAUCUUUCAGAGGGACAUGACGCAUCCCAUUGCUAUAGAUGAAGAGACAAUGACUGGAGUGGAAGGAUACUAUGAUCCUGACCGUCGAGCCAUAUACCUUCACCUGACUGGGGCAUAUGACACGGCAGCUCUCAUUAGUGCCCUAGAAACCAUGCACCAGCAACUCCAGGAAAAGGGAUUCCUGAUGGCCUGGUCCAGCCUCAAGUUGGCCUAUGCACGAAGUCUGUUAGUGCUGUUUUCUGUCUCUCAUUUGCUUCUUCUGUGCCAUCCAACGCAUGUCUUUGAUAUUAGUUACAUUCAUCUCUUCCGAACCCUAGAUGCAAUCAGGUCCAAAGCCCAGAAUUACAUAGCAGAAACCCUAAAGCUUGUGCCAGGAAUCAGCAAGGACUGGGUCUCAUUUGGUCGACUGUGUGCACCUCGGGUUCUCUUCAUAUUCUCAUCACACCUCUUGCCAGCACAGAUUCGUUCUGGACAAGACAACUCAGCUGUUCACAGAUCUAUGGGAGGCCAUAGGUCAUACAGAACCUCCACUCCACCAAGCCCUCUUCGAAAUCUGGAACUUGCAUUGGAAGAUCAAAUUUACCGUCUCCUUCGUAAAAGCAGAGUCAUAACCAACAUCAGUGCAAAUUCUUUGUUUGCUCUUCCAAACAACCAAGCAUAUGUAUACAUCAUGGAGGAAGGGCAGGAGGAAGUGCCAGCUGCUUCCUUGAUUAAUGACACUCUUCAUAACCUUUGUUCUGCAUCAGAUUCUAACCUAAGCAGUGAAUUAAGCCAAUUGACUAUUGGAUCUAGCAACAAAACCUCCUCCUCAGAAAAAGGAGGAAGCAGAGGAACUGCUAACUGGGGAGGCAUUUCAGGUGCAACAAGUGCUUGGGAUACAUCUCUGGCCUGUUCAGCUUCUUCAGAUACUUCAGCUGCUGACUCUCUCAGCGCAUCAAUUUUGUCUGGGGUUGCAACAGAACGAAAGAGAAAUCUUGAACACAGUUUUAAUGUGUUCCUUCAGCAGCACAUUGACCAAGCAUUAGGGAAAGGCUUUGAUGAUAAUGUUGGAAGACAUUCUGGUCCUGUCUUCUUCUAUGUCCCACAUGCUGGCAUAUGGUUUGAAGCUGUAAACAAGGUGUACAAGUUCUUCUGUUGUGACCCCUCAGAGAAAGACACAAAAGCAAAACAGGUUUUAAAUAGUCUUCAGAAUCUGGUGGAAACCGAAGUCAGAUUUAGUGAUGCUCGAUGUGCCAAGGUUUUGCCAAUUGCCAUAUCGGCUUACAAGGAUGGUCUUCCCCCCCACUACACUCAGCUUCAUCAUCAGGAAAAGCUUGAAUUGGCUCUGAGAGUGCUAGGUGCACAAGCAAGAGGGCCAAUGUAUGACGAGUAUGUGGCCCAACUGGAGGAGGCUUGCGAGAGGAUUUGGCAGGAUGGUCGAAUGGGGUGUGAGACGCUGUCCCUUACUGGCAACACUUGUAAACAUCCAAGACACAAGACACCUUCUGAUUCAGAAGAUGACAGCUCUGUGCCUGUGAUGAGUCACAGCUCUGGCAUUGGGUAUGUCAGCUUUUGUAACUGUGGGCGGAGACAGGGCCAACGUGAAGAUCCAUUUUCUACUAAGGCAGCAAACUACAUAUUUUAUGAACAGUUAGCAGAAACUUGUUGCAGCCGUCUGGAUACAAUCUCUUUCCCAACAUUUAAAUCAAGUGUUAUUGAUGCAAAGGCUGCAAAUGUGAAUGGCUCAGAAAGUGAAGACAUAGAGGCUGAUACAAUCUCCACAGUCAAACGAGAUUCCCGGGAACAGCAAGACUCAGAGACCCCUCACACCCCAGGGUUGAGUCUGGUGGGAACAGGUCUGAGUGGAAGCAUGAACAGCACUACAGGCACAGCAGCAGCUCGCAUGACAGGUGAUCCAGCACAUAUUGGCUCACAAGUAGUGAUUACCCUCACCAAAGAUGACACCAAAACCAUCACCAAAGAUCGGGGAAUAAUUCGCCAGGCCUCAACAACUGAGUACCUGCCAGGAAUGCUUCACACGAACUCACCAGCAGGUUUACUUCCUCGUUGGUCUUCAUGGUCACUCUGCUGUUUGGGACCCUCCUCUCUUUACUCACACAAUGCAGGUAUAUGUGAUCAGCCAGGAUUUUUGCCAGGCACAAAUUUCUUGUUACCGUGGGAUGUGACAGUAAAGAUUGAAGACCGGAACAAAUGGCCUGCCAUAGCAGACACUCUUGGCAAGAAAGCCCUAUUGCUCAAAAAUAAAAAGAACAGAGUGGGUGGUAAGUAUUGCAUUUUUUACUUUCCAUUUUUAAUCAAAUCACUUGAUUUCUCUAUCAGAAUCAUAUAAAAGCAUUUUG